CAUCCAAAACGGAGAAAGCACACAGUCAGCCACAAUUGCUCAGUCCGAGAGUAACCCAUCCGCUUGGAGUGAAUUUAAAUUUCUCUGCGGAAUACAGAAAAGAAACUAUCUGUCUUGGUACUGAGUGCUGUACCAGUUUCAGUGCUGGACAGGAUGCAUUACCCUUCGUGAGACAUACUGCAUCGCAGCAAUGUUCAGCCUCGUCUCGUUCGAGGCUGGGACGAUGCGUGCGUGCCCAGUGCUCUCGGCAACUUUUAGCCACCAAUCCGAUAGCGUGCACGAUUCUCGCCAUCACCACCACAAACCUAUUCCCAGCACGAAAUCUUCUCACGACCGUUCUAAGGAAUCUGCCCGCUAUCGCGAUCGCGUCCUCCACACGAGAUCCGUCUCUCCUUCUGCCACGCGAGUUGGUUCAGUGCGAGGCUUUGUUUCUGCAUACCCCGCAUCCUCGAAUAAUGCCGGUGGAAAAAGAGAAGAGAAAACCCCAAAACGCGAAAUCUCUCAAGGCGAACCUCGACGCAAAGGCAAGGUUGAAGGAUAAAGAGGCGAUAUGUAGUUUAAUUCAAACAGAGGUAAGCACGCGGUCAAAUAGCUACAAGGGGAAUAUUGCUAAUCAUCAUUUCUAGCUUGAGGUUGGCGGGACUGCAACAUAUAAGUUUUCACCCAAAGGAGAUCGAGCCACAGUCGCAUUAUCGAGCGAGGAGAAGCAUCUUGUCUUUAUUAUCGGUGGUGGUUUUACAGUCGGUAGUAGUAUAAUGGAAUAUGUUGGGAAUGGGUUGGGGCAUUCUGUAUACGACGAAGACACUCUCACGUUGGCCCCAGGAACCGUCUUGGUGAUAAUAUCAGGAUAUUAA